GUGAUAUCCGGGGACUAGCAAUGGUAAAUUUGAAGUUUCGAACUUGGUGAAGAAGUGCUUGCUGUUAUGUCGUCUAACAUCGAGAGUUUCAACCAAAGUGUCAUUCGCAAAGUCGCUCAAGAAAUUGCGUCUCUCAUCUCCGACCCGCCAGAAGGAAUCACCGUCAUACCCAACGAAGAGAACGUCACUGAUAUCCAAGCCACCAUAGCAGGCCCUAGUGGUACACCUUAUGAAGGUGGAGUGUUCAGAAUUAAGUUGGCUUUGGGAAAAGACUUUCCAGCGGCGCCACCAAAAGGAUUCUUUCUUACAAAAAUCUUCCAUCCCAACGUGGCCAGAAAUGGAGAGAUUUGUGUCAACACCCUGAAGAAAGACUGGAAGUCUGAACUUGGCAUAAAGCAUUUGCUUUUGACAAUUAAAUGUUUGCUGAUCGUUCCCAAUCCCGAAUCAGCACUGAACGAAGAAGCUGGAAGAUUGCUGCUUGAACAUUACGAAGACUACAGCAAACGAGCUCGCAUGAUGACCGAGAUCCAUGCUUUACAAAGAUCAAGCGACAAUGAUGCAUCGUGUAGUGAUGCAGCUUCUAGUCUAGCCAAAAAGAAGCUGCUCGAUAAGAAAACAGAGAAGAAAAAAGCAGACAGAAAGAAAAACUUAAAGCGGCUCUAGUUUUUCAUAAUUAGGCAACGAUUUGUAUUCAUGAGAACUCCAUGUACUGUACUUUAUGGGAAUAACGAAUUAUGAGAUAACAUAGAAUUACAACAAAUGUGAAUACAUACAUACUGUA